AUGUUGGAGGAACUUGAGUCACUCCGGCUUGAGAAUGAGAGGCUAAGGGCUGGUUCUCAACCGUAUUCAGAUAUUCCAGCGCCGUUGUCAUACAGGCCACAUGUAUUCUACUGCAUCGAUGAUGCAGAUUUCUACUUGGAUGAGCCGCGAUGGGAAGGAGGCGGUGAAGCCCCCAUCUUGUACUCGCGCAACCCCAUCCGCAGCACCGAUUAUUACAUUGACCAACAUCCGGAGAUCGCUUUCUGCUUUUGCAAGUAUUAUAUUUCACAGCCGCCAGGGGAUACAUCCCUUUUAGAAUCCAGCGACGGUGUAUUCAAGCAGCCUCUUCCGGUGCGGCAGACGCUAAGACUUGUAGCAGCAGCUAUGAUUGAUGCCGUUGAGCAGUUCGUUAGCCAGGUACCCGGUUUCUCUUCAUUUUUUCCAGACUUUGAUGCUGGAAACGAUAUCCAAGAACCAUAUCUGUUCAUGUUCUACUCACUACCCCAUGUGCAGGAGGCUAGAUCCGGCUUGGAUCCUCAAGCUCAAGGGCUCUUUGACCUCUUGUAUGAGAGCAUCGACGCUAGUCAUGGUCUCGAGUAUGCGAGCGUUACAAAGCAGGCUGCGCAUGGUCGCACUUCUAGUCGCCUUAUCCAGUAUCUUAUCCAACCAGGAGAUGUGCUUGUGGAUCUGGAUGGCCCAAGAACCCAGGCCUACCUCGCCGUAGGUUGGGCCGAAACAGACAACCAAAUGCGACGGAAUUAUGAAGAAGAGAUUGUGGAAUAUAAAACAUCGGGCCAAAAUCAAACAGUUAGGAAAGGGGUAAAGAGGCCAAUCAAGCGAUUACAAUACCACUUUAGGGUUCCAGUGACCUAUUGGAGUUUUGAUGGGAAUUUCGAACGAACAAAUGCUAUUCUUUCCUUCGACCUUGAAGUUGGACACGAAAGUGAAACAGUGCCUAUCACGUCACUUCGCUAUAUCCCCUUAUCUCAUCUCCCGUCUGACGUCCGAAAGACGCUGGAGCGCCGAGGGGAAACAUUCUGGUCCAUCCGCUUUAGAAGAUACAUUACCUAUAGAAUGCCUACUGGAGAGAAUCUGGAUAUCACGGAGGAUCGCUACUAUGUCGAUAUUUCAACCUACAGAAAACUACAUCCAGAUAGGACUAGAAAUCGCUCACAUCUCCGAGCUGAUCUCGGCACACGGGAAAUGUCUCGUGAUGAGCCUCCCCAAGGUCUAUAUCUGUUAAUAUUCCCGCCAACCAUCGUGGGAUAUAAUAUGCUGCACAAGACAUGGUCUGACCUUUACGUUGAUUACAUCUAUGACAUUGAUUGGAACAAGCAGGCUUUCCAGGAUCUCGUAGUGGACGAAGAAAUCAAAGAAUUAGUCCAAGCGUUGGUUACCAGGCAGAUAGAGUCGCAGAAGUCCACGGAUUCUAUAAGUGGCAAGGGCAACGGCCUAAUCCUACUUCUCCAUGGCGCGCCAGGAACAGGAAAGACAUUCACUGCGGAAGGUGUGGCUGAAUUUGCAGAAAAGCCGCUGUUUCGAAUCACCUGUGGGGACGUGGGCAUUGAGGCUACGAAUGUGGAAAAGUACCUUCGAGCGGCAUUCCAUCUUGCAAAGCUUUGGGACUGCGUUGUUCUUCUGGACGAAGCAGACGUUUUCCUGGAGGAGCGAGAUGUCCGUGAUCUCAAUCGCAACGCUGUUGUCUCCGUAUUCCUACGAGCGCUUGAAUACCACGACGGGAUCCUAAUUCUAACCUCAAACCGGGUGGGAACAUUUGACGAAGCAUUUAAGUCUCGCAUUCAGCUGUCUCUUCACUACGAGAACCUGACCCUGGGCCAGCGGCGAAAAAUCUGGCGCAAUUUUAUGCAUCGACUCCGAAAGGUAGACGCGGAGAAUGUAGACAUAGAAGAUGUGCUGGAUCACCUGGGUGAACUGGGCGCAGAAGAUAUCAACGGGCGUGAGAUCCGAAAUGCGAUUACUAUUGCCCGUCAACUGGCCCAGUUUAAGGAAGAAAAGUUCUGCUACUCCCAUUUAACGCGUGUUCUACGGGUAAGUGGGAAGUUCGGCAAGUAUCUAAAAGAUCUGCGGGACGGGCUUACUGACGAUUAUAUAAAACAUGAUACGGGAGUACGUCAUUCAUAUCGGGUGAAGAGGGCCAACAGCAUGUCAUAA